AUGUCAGUAAUAACGGUUUCGUCUUUGCUUAUUGCUAAUCAGCAGGUAUUUAUCUAUAUGGGUAUUCCUAUCUUAACACUCGGUGUUAUUGGCGGUGUUUUGAACACAAGUGUCUUUUUAAGUCUUCGCACAUUUCGUGAAAAUUCGUGUGCAUUUUAUCUGACCAUCAUGUCGAUUUUAAAUAUUGGUCAACUACUCACAGGAUUAUUAACACGCAUUUUCAUCAGUGGUUUUAGUAUUGAUUUCACACGCACGUCAUUGAUCUAUUGUAAAUGUCGAACAUUCUUUCUACAAGUAACAACGUUCAGUUCGUUUGGAUGUAUUUGUUUGGCAGCAAUCGACCAAUAUUUUGCAACAUGUACAUUUAUUCCUUGGCAACGAUGGAGAAAUCUUCGAUUAGCACGGUGUCUUGUCCUGAGUACCAUCAUUAUAGCUAUCAUUGCACAGAUUCCUACUUUAAUUUACUAUGGUGAAGUAAUGUCAACAUUAUCCAAUAAAACAACUUGUACAAUUACAAGUAACACGUUUUACCAUUAUAAUUUAUACGGAAACUAUCUUCUUCUUGGAAAUGUAAUUCCUUAUACAAUUACUUUCACUGCUGGCAUUCUUGCCUAUCGAAAUAUUCGACAAUUAGGCUAUCGAACUGUUCCAUUAGUUCGACGCGAACUUGACAAACAACUGAGUACAAUAGUUCUCGUUCAAAUCUCGUAUAUUUUUCUAACCGUCCCAGCAAGCUUAGUCAUUUACUUCAUUAUCAUUUAUGGAAAUAUUCAAGAUGUUACUCUUCGGUCAGAGAUUGAUCUGGCUUACACGAUCACUGUUUGUCUCUACUAUUCAUAUUUUGCUUCACCAUUCUAUAUUUACAUGCUUUUUUCUGAGCGCUUCCGUCGACAAUGCAUUUACGUGAUCUGUCAAAUAUUUACCAAACAAUGGCGCCAGCAUCGAAUCGCGCCAAAUCCGCCUUCGAUCCCAGCGUAG